UCUUACACUUAUGCUCGAUUCCGAAAGAGCGCAUCAGUCAACUUGAGUCGGUGAUAAAGAAAGCUACGCUAAUGGCGCGUAAAGCCUAUAUUUUUCUAUGUUUUUUAAUCAUUAACUACACUCCAACCGCGUUAUCACGAGCUCUGCCAAACAGUCGGCUGCGAAAUGAGGGGGUAACCAGUAUCAGUCCCGAAAAUUUCUCGGAUUGUUUCGAAUUUCCCAACACGAGAGAGCUUAUUAUCGACGGUCUCAUUCAUACGCAUUGGAACGAAUCGGCAUUCGCACAAUUGGUCGGUACAAAGUACCUUACACUGAUCAAUGGAACUAUCCCUAUGAUAACAUUCCGGUCCAGUAAGCUGUCGUCUUUAUCCGUACUGCAUACCAAACUGGAGUGGUUCGAUGUAUGGCCUGAGAAAAAUCCAACUCUGAAAACCUUGCAAAUCAGCCGAAACCGAUUGCAGGAAGUCCCAUCAAACAUCAAAUAUCUGGUUGGAUUAACGUUACUGGAUCUGUCUCAAAAUGAAUUGGAAUACGUAGAUUUACAAAAGCUCAGCAGCCUGACGCAACUUAGAACCUUAGAUUUGUCGGUGAACAAAAUAGUGCUGAUUGAUGCCGAGCCUCAACUGAGGUUAAACAAUUUAAGAAACCUGGACGUGAGCUACAACAAAUUGGAGCGUUUCGAUGCAUUCCCGAGAACUUUCCCAGUAUUGGACACAAUCCGCCUGAUCGGGAACAAGUGGACCUGUGAGUGGGUUGACCGUGCCAGAAGAAACAUCAUGGAUAGGCGGAUCGUAACGUUCGGAGUGGACUACGGAUGUAACGAACAUCGCCAGGGUGGAUUGUGUUGUUAUGGUGAUUUGGUAAUGGGUGGCACUACCGAAGCCAACGGACUGAAAGAGGGACCUCUGGUGCAAGAGAUCUCCAAGUUGGUCAACGAUUUGGCGGAAAAUCCGAUGGCAGCCUUUGGAUCGGAUCAAAUGGCACUGGAACUUUUGACGCGCAACGAUGGUCAGGAUAAAAUUCUCGUAGGUGUAAAACUAGACGACGUGAAGGUGUUUUUGCCGUAGUAUAAGGUAGUUUUAUGUUUUUUGUUGCAUCACAGGUAGUGUUAAUAUAUUGGAGAACAUUGAGUUUUCUUUAAUUAUUGGUAAUCUUUGUACUCAUUCUGAUCAAGAUAUACAAUGAAAAAAACA